AUGGUAGCCAUUCAAUAUCUAACGAUGGAGCAGCUUGAAGCGGGGCUGGACGACAUACGCGAUGCUCCGAAGGACGCGGGGGUAGUGCAUCUUAUUGUGCGGCGGCCUGAGACGCUCGAGCGCGAAAUACUGGACGAGGGACAACUCGACACCGCAGAAGGGCUUGUUGGCGACAACUGGCGCGCGCGCGGCAGCGGACAGACAGCGGACGGCUCGGCUGACCCGGAAUGCCAGAUUACGAUUAUGAACUCGCGCGUGACCGACCUGGUGGCGCAGGAUAAAGAUCGAUGGCAUCUGGCUGGCGACCAACUCUAUGUGGAGAUGGAUAUCAGCAGAGAGAACCUGCCUCCGGGCACGAGGCUUGGGAUUGGUGACGCCGUACUUGAGGUGUCAGCGAAGCCUCAUACCGGCUGCGGCAAGUUUGUUGAGCGAUUCGGCGCGGACGCGAUGAAGUUCGUGAACUCUGCUGUGGGACGCGAGAUGUGCCUGCGGGGAAUCAACACCUGGGUGAUUCAACAGGGCGCGGUUUCCGUGGGCGAUGUGGUUCGCAAGCUCUAG